CUUUCCUCCUCUCUUGCUCUUUCUCUCUCUCUCUCUCUCUCUCUCUCUCUCUGUGCCUCUUCUUUCAGAUCUUUUUCUAUCCAUCCCUUUCCAUUGUCCACGCUUUCCCUCCCUCCCCUCUGUCUGAAAGCUUCAGCCAGGGUUUCUUCUUACAAGCUGAGUUUUUUCUGCUCGCUCUACAUCUGGGGAAAAUUCAAUCACCACACAGAACGAGGAAUAGAGUGGGAAUAAAAAGAGGAGAGGAAACACUUCUUCUGUCCAGUGUGUGGAUCAGGACGACUCACUGAAUGAUUUACACACAAACAAAGGAAGCAGCUGGGAUGUCAGUAAGCUCGGUACAAUUGUGUAUUGACUCAAAUUUGCCUGUGGAGAGCCUGCCGUCCGCUGUUCGCUCUGGAACCUUGAGCAUGCUAAAGCAGCGUUGGGAGGAGAAGCGGCAAAACACACUCUCUGCGUCCACACCGGCACCUCCGGUGGAAACUCGAACUCCGGCUCGCUCUCACAGCUUCAGACCUGUGAGGGCCCAGGAAGAAAAGAAAGGUGAUUCAGAGGACGUGAUGGAGAUGAAGCAGGAAAUGAAACAGGUAAUGAAGCAGGAGAUGAAGCUGGAGAUGGUAGUGGGGCAGGAGAAGAACGUGGAGAAAGAGCAGAAGAAAGAAGCAGAGGUAAUCUCGCCCACCAGCUCAGAGAAACCCAGCAUCGCUCUUAACAGCCUCAAGAUGAUGUUUGAAAAAGGAGAACCCAAGGUGCGGCGCAUGAACAGUACUUCAGAAGACUCAGAUGUUCGACCAGUAGACAGAGGUUUGAUCUCUCUGGAACGAUCCAAAUCUCUGAGGAACAGAAUGGCGAAGUAUCAGGCUGCCGUGUCCAAGCAAGACUCCCGGGGGCCUCAGCUUGUGUCAACCCCGGCUGAGAUCGAGAUCAAAAGUUCAGCAGUGGAUCUGAAUGAAAAUACGUCUCCAUGUGAUGGAGAACAGUCUGAGAAAGAGAACUCAGCUUUAGAGUUGACAAACACUUCACCCAAUGGUGUCUUAGCUGAUACAGGAAUUAUGGGCACCUCAACAUCUGAGCCAGAAACCACCAACGCCCCCAAAUUUGUCCGGGGGCAAAAGUUUCGUGGUAGUGUGCGAGAGACUUGUGUUGCUUGCCAAAAGACUGUUUACCCACUGGAGAAACUGGUGGCCAAUCAGCAGACCUUUCAUAAUGCUUGUUUCCGCUGCGCUCACUGCAACACCAAACUUAGCUUGGCCAACUUUGCCUGCCUGCAUGGUAGCAUCUACUGCAAACCUCAUUUCAACCAGCUCUUUAAGUCCAAAGGUAACUAUGAUGAGGGCUUUGGACACAGGCCUCAUAAGGAACUAUGGACAGCCCGAGGUGACUAUGAGGAGAAUGAAGAGGCUGAAAAGCCAAAACCUGCUUCCCCUGACCCCAUCCGAGUUAAGCCGCGUUGUUCAGAAAAAGUCUUGGAACAAAGUUCCACAGUUGAGGACACCCCAAUAGCCAAAGUCAGUGAUCUUACUACGUCUUUGGAAACCAAAACUCAACCACCAGUUAAAGAAGUAGAGAAAUCUUCAGCUUCUGUGGAGACAAAAAGAUUGAAGAUCACUUGGCCACCACAUGCUGAUGGUUCCAGUUCUGCUCUGGAAAGAGGAAGGAGCCCAGUUAAAGUCUUCAAGCUAAAAUGGCCACCAGGGGAUGAGGUUCAAUCCAAUGCGGACAGCACAGAGCGAGUGGAGUUGAGGAAUCUGAGACGCAGUGCAUCUCUCAAAGAGCGAAGUCGACCUUUUUCUGUGGCACCAAGCCUGGAGUCCACCAGUCAGGACCUCCCCGCCAAGACCUCUUUGGGGAGGCGUGGAUCUCUGGAGCUCCGUUCCACUUCCAAGAUACAGAUUGUCCAGAAGGAGAAUGAUGAGGAGAGCACAAAACCAAGAAAACCCUCAGAGUCCGAAUACAAGGCUUUACAUAGCAAUGAAGUAGAGGUUCCUUUAAAACAAGACGAGAAACCCAAAAUGCCACAAUCUAUCCUGAAACGGUCACAAUCAACCAAAACUGAGGAUCCUGAUGACCAGAUGGGGGCUGAGGAGAAACCAAACAAACCCCUUAAACUUAAGCAAACAUCACCUCAACUAGCUGAGGAGGAAAAUGCCAACAGGACAUCUCAAGAUGUUGGUUUCUGGGAUGAAGAAGAAGCAGAAGAAUCCCUUAGCAUGGAGGAUAUGAUCAAAAGGAACCGAUGUUAUGAAGAUGAAGACGAAGAUGCUGAAGUUUAAAUCCACUCAUUCCUCAGGAUCUGCUUAGACUCUUAGAAAAUAUUAUAAUGAUGGAAUGGAAUUUGAAAAAAGCCAUAAACAGUGAAGCUGUCCUUAUUAUUAUUAUUAUUAUUAUUAUUAUUAUUAUUAUUUGAUUUUAUCUUCAUCAUCUCUUUGUCUGAGUAGAUUUUUACAAAGCACAUUAUUUUAUUGCUGAUGCUUCUAAUGUGAUAUUUUUCAAAAUGUUUAGUUAUUUUUUAACAGCUGGAGAAAAAAAUGCUGUUUUUAUUGUUUAGGGGUUUUAUAUUCCACCAUUUUAUUUCUGUCUUAGCAGCCCUAUUGGGACAAAAUUAAAUGUUCUUUAUAUAUAUAUUUAGUUUCCUUAAGUUUCUAGCUUUUUCCUGCUAUGCAACUGAAGUUGGUCCACUUUAGACCUUUUAAACCCCUUAACCAGGUAAAAGCUGUUUUAGAGGAAUCUUUUUAAAAACAUUGAACGUUAUGAGUUGUUGCAAAUGACUACAUAGUGAAAUACUGAGAUUAUUUAUAAGAGAGUAGAAUUACUGAGAUCUACAGCUGUGUACAUGAAUACAAUCUUAUGCCUACUGCACCAUUUAAUGUCCAACAGUACGGAUAUAAAGAGAGAAUUAUAGCAGGCUUAAGAAGAUAAAUGUGGGAUACUGCAUUGUCAUAAUGUUUUUCUGAAUUCUUUUUUCCGCCCUGAAAAUAUUAUAUUUAGACAUAAUAUAAUAUAUUGUAUAAAGCACCAUGUUAUCAUAUCUUAAUUAAUAUUUUAAAUAUAGACAUCAAAAAAGCGGUGGUUAUGAAAAAGUAAUUUAAAUGAUCACUUUUUAUAACGAUUAUUUGUAAUAAUAUCAAAUAAUAAACUGUAGCAUUGUAUAAAAAAAAACAGAAGAGAAAUACGAUCAAGUUACAAGGUGUGGGCUGUCUAGACAUCACCCUGAAAAAAGAACACGGUCAUGAAAGGAUAAUAGGGCUAAUUUCUUAACCUUUUUUAUUAUUAUUAUUAUUAUUUGAAAAAAUUUUGCAAAUGGAACUAGCCAAAUUAUUUUAUAUAGCAUUUGUUUUGUUUUAUUUUUGUUGUUGUUGCAAUAUUGUUAACUGGAAUACUUAAAAUGAAUACUUUUUGCAAUUUAUAUGUAUGUUUGACCUUUUAUAGGUCAAUAAGUCAUGCUGCAAUUCCUUUCAUUAUACAGCAGCUCUUUAAAACAGUUAUUAUUAUACUUAUUUAUACUUGAUUUAUUCUUUGUUUUCAGGGCAUAAAUGAUUUCUCUCUCUUUUAUCUCUCUCUCUCUCACACACACACACACACACACACACACACUUUUAAUUAUGCCAUUGUGUUAAUGAGCUAGUCAUCUGGUCCUUUAUGUCUAAAACCUACCACAGUGCCUUUUAAUUUGCCUUAAUUCAUUCUUUUCUAUUAAUGUGAUUUAAAAAAAUAUGCAAAUGUUUUAUAUUCUGUCCUUUACGAUGAGACCAAAUUUUAUUUUUUUUUUAAAGUGUAAGAAACCCUGGUGAACUGUAAGCCUUUGGUAAAUUUAAUAAAUGAUUUCAGAGACUGUUA